GAACUUCUAUUGGAUUUUGCAGGUAGGAGCAAUUACACCGCAAAGUUUGGAAGUGUUGUUGCAAAGCAUUCAUGAUUGUCUUAGCAGUUCAGAUUGGGUAACUCGAAAGGCUGCAGCUGACACAUUAUGUGUUCUGGCCAUGCACCCAAGCUACUUAACAACUGAAGGAGCUGUUUCAACACUGAAUAUGCUUGAAGCUUGCCGGAUGGACAAAAUAAAACCUGUCAGGGAGAGUAUGAUGGAAGCUUUGCAGCUUUGGAAGAAAAUUGCUGGAAAGGGCGAUGGAUCUUCAUCUCAUGAUGGUGAGGCUUCUGAGCCAGCUGACUCAUUGGAUAAAAAGGACAGUCCAAAUCCUGAUGAGAGAGCAAGUGAAAAAUCAGCAAAGAAUUCUUCUAGUGGUACAUCUCCCACUGAUUCUAUUUCCAAAGGAAAGGGGAGCCACAUUUUUGACAAGGCAGUUGGGAUAUUGAAGAAGAAGGCACCAGGAUUGACUGACAGAGAACUGAAUCCAGAGUUCUUCCAGAAACUUGAAACAAGAGGUUCAGGUGAUUUGCCUGUAGAGGUGGUUCUCCCUCGACGGUGUCUAAACCCUUCAAAUUCACAAGCUGAGGAAGAGUCAGAGCCAAAUUAUACAGAUCCAGUGGGGAGGACAAGGGUGAACUGCCGACAAGAUAGGAGUGAAUCGAAUCAGAGGGAGUCAUCAAGCAUGCUUGUAGAUUUUUCUAAAAAUCCUAAUCGUGAGGGAUUUGUGAAUAAUAAAGGAAAUUGGUUGGCCAUUCAGAGGCAAUUGUUGCAGUUGGAGAGGCAGCAGUCUCAUCUAUUGAAUAUGUUGCAGGACUUUAUAGGUGGUUCUCAUGAUUGCAUGGUGACCUUAGAGAACAGAGUGCGGGGUCUUGAGAGAGUUGUUGAAGACAUGGCACGAGAUUUUUCAAUAUCAACAGGAAAAGGUAAUGAUGGACGCAUCUCCUUUGGGGAGAGGUUUGCAGCAUUUGAUAGUGCUGCUUCAGGCAUGAGGGGCAGGGGCCCUUCUUGGAGAUCUGAUGCACCUGAAUCUUGGGACUUCCACUCAUAUGGUAAAAAUGGCCAAAUGGGCUCUAGGAGAGCUGCGGUUGGCGGUCCUACAGAUAUUAGGCCCUUUAAAUCGGAAAACGAGGCUGAUCAGGUUGGCAGCAGGAAGGGUUGGGAAAAAGGAGCCGGAGCUGUUAGAUUUGGCGAGGGUCCUUCUGCAAGAAGUGUCUGGCAGGCAUCAAAGGAUGAAGCAACUUUGGAAGCAAUUCGGGGUGCUGGCGAAGACAAUCGUCCUACUCGAAGUGCUCGAGCUCUUUUACCAGAGAUGACUGCUGAAGCAUUAGGGGAUGAUGGAACAGUGCAAGAGCGAGAUCCAGUUUUGACUUCUUGGAGCAAUGCAAUGGAUGCACUUCGUGUUGGUGAUUUGGAUUCGGCCUUUGCCGAAGUUUUGUCUGCUGGGAAUGAAUUCUUUCUUGUAAAGCUCAUGGACAGAUCUGGCCCUAUAAUUGAUCAACUUUCUAGUGAGGUAGCAAGUGAACUUUUGCAUGCUGUUGCACAGUUACUCCUGGACCAGAACUUGUUUGACUUCUGCUUGUAUUGGCUUGAACAGUUGGUAGAUAUCGUGAUGGAAAACGGUCCUGAUGUCCCACGUAUUCCUAUGGAAGUUAAAAGAGUAAUUUUGCUGAAUUUGCACGAGUCGUCUUCAUCGCUUGACUUACCCGAAGACUGGGAAGGUGCAGCUCCAGACCAACUAUUACUGCAGUUGGCAUCGGCCUGGAAUAUUGAUCUGCAACAUUUGGUGAAAUAGCUUCCAAUACUAUUCUUGACUAAUUUUUGGAGUUAAUAGUUGAAAUUGAUCUUCAUUCAAGCAUUGAAGAUCUUUCUUUGCCUUUGUAACAACUGAAAUGUUAUUGUUACUGGCUUGGAUUUUUUUCUUUUUUCUUUUUUCUUUUUUAAUAUUCGAUAUAGGAAGUGUUUUCUAAAUUUACCAGAAAUUUUUACAGGAUUAUGGAAGUAAAAGAUGCUAGUUUUGAACCUGUAGCCAGGAUGGAGAUUUAUAAGAGCGAAGUUAAUGGUUCAAUGCA